UCCUACAUAUAUAUCCUCCACACCUGCAGCCAUUAAUACUACCAUUAAACAAAUAAUAAUUGACUAGUAGUCUAUGUUGCUUAUCAUAACAAGGCCUGGGUGCGGUUUACACAUCGCUGCAGCCGCGCCUUUUCCUGUCACAGUGGACGGUUGCGCGUAAGGACGGCGGGUCAGCUGACAGCUAUCAGAGGACCGGGAGGAAGGAGUUGAAUUAGCGGCUGUGCAAGGGGUGAGAAGUGGGAACCUGCUGGAUCCACAAGCGUAAACCCGAGGCUGAAGCGGGGGAGAGAAAGUCUGGUGGCGUCCGUGAGAGAAAUAGGGCGGGGUUUGGAUUCACCAUGGCCGGUUGGGUCUGAGAAGCAGCCACAAUGAUUGGAGGACUGUUUAUCUACAACCACAAGGGGGAGGUCCUCAUCUCCCGGGUCUACCGAGAUGACAUAGGGCGCAACGCAGUUGAUGCGUUCCGUGUAAAUGUGAUCCAUGCACGGCAGCAGGUCCGGUCCCCGGUGACUAACAUUGCCCGCACCAGCUUCUUUCAUGUCAAGCGCUCCAACAUCUGGUUGGCAGCCGUCACCAAGCAGAAUGUCAACGCCGCCAUGGUUUUCGAGUUCCUUUACAAGAUGUGCGACGUCAUGACGGCCUACUUUGGCAAGAUCAGCGAGGAGAACAUCAAGAACAACUUUGUGCUCAUCUACGAGCUGCUCGAUGAGAUCCUGGACUUUGGCUAUCCCCAGAACUCAGAGACCGGAGCUCUGAAGACCUUCAUCACCCAGCAGGGCAUUAAGGGACAGCACCAGACAAAAGAGGAACAGUCUCAGAUCACCAGCCAGGUGACGGGGCAGAUCGGCUGGCGUCGUGAAGGCAUCAAGUAUCGCCGCAAUGAACUCUUCCUGGAUGUACUGGAGAGCGUCAACCUGCUCAUGUCACCACAAGGCCAGGUCCUGAGCGCUCACGUGUCGGGCCGAGUAGUGAUGAAGAGCUACCUGAGCGGGAUGCCUGAGUGCAAAUUUGGCAUGAACGACAAGAUUGUCAUCGACAAGCAGGGCAAGGGUGGAGGAACUGAUGAUGCUGGGAAGAGUGAUUUAGGGGGAGGAAGUGGGAAGCAGUCGAUAGCCAUUGACGACUGCACCUUCCACCAGUGUGUGCGCCUCAGUAAGUUCGACUCGGAGCGUAGCAUCAGCUUCAUCCCCCCUGAUGGAGAGUACGAGCUCAUGAGGUAUCGCACCACUAAGGACAUCAUCCUGCCAUUCCGGGUUAUUCCUCUUGUCAGGGAGGUCGGCCGCACUAAACUGGAGGUAAAGGUGGUCAUUAAGUCCAACUUCAAGCCAUCGCUGCUGGCCCAGAAGAUCGAGGUGCGUAUCCCAACGCCCCUCAACACAAGCGGUGUGCAGGUGAUUUGUAUGAAGGGAAAAGCCAAGUACAAGGCCAGUGAGAACGCCAUUGUCUGGAAGAUCAAACGUAUGGCUGGGAUGAAAGAGUCUCAGAUCAGUGCUGAGAUUGAGCUGCUGCCGACCAACGACAAGAAAAAAUGGGCCAGGCCUCCCAUCUCUAUGAACUUUGAGGUCCCUUUCGCUCCCUCUGGUCUCAAGGUGCGUUACUUGAAGGUGUUUGAGUCCAAGCUCAAUUACAGUGACCACGAUGUCAUCAAAUGGGUGCGGUACAUCGGCCGCUCCGGCAUCUACGAAACGCGCUGCUAAAGUAAACCCCGCCAGGCGGCAACCUGACCACUUUUCCUCCCUUCUAUCCAUCUAUCCUGUUAAGAUUUUUUUUUUCUUCCCGUUCCUUCCGUCUCUCCUCCCCUCGAUCCUUAUAGCUUCUCUCAUACUACACCCCCCUGCCCCUCCCACCCUCACCCCUUCCUAACUAGGUGUUGGAGAUUGAAUUUACAUCAUAAAAAAGUAAAUAUGGUAUAAUGCACAGAUAUAUGCAAAAAUGUGAACCAUUGUAUCGUAUAUCUCGUAGUGAUGAGUAAACCUGUAAACCAACUGGUGUCCAAAAGAAAGAGACGAGCGAUGCAGGGGGGGGACCGGGGCAGAGAGGACCAGGCAGAGACACCUUUUGUGUCUUUAAUUGGGACUCUGUUGUGUUUAUUCAGUGUUAUUGUUCCACUAUUGACUCUCCAGUUACCCAUAGAAUACCCAUAGUCCUAAAAUGAUCCCCAGUAAAAUGAUUAGUAGCUGAUAAAUCUCAAUAUAGUUCUUUGUAUAUGAACCUCUGUCUCAGUAGUCUACCCUUCAAAUUGUCUGAUUGUGUUUUGUGGGCUGAUUUGAUCUGUUUUCAGAAAUGCUUUCUCACUCAGCAGGAGGAGAAAGUACAUUUGCUUCAAAGACAAUAGAAUUACUAUACGAUGACUGAACUGUUUUUGUACCGUUUACUUUCCCCCUGCCAAUUUUCCACUUAGUUCUACCAGCGUUCAGUUAGGUCAGAGCUAAACAUCAGAGAGCAUCCCAGACAGUCUUAAGGUUUGACCAUGAUCCUGAUAAGCUAGUGGUGACUUCUUUUUUUUUUUAACAUUUCCUGAAAGCAUCUGAAGCACUUAGAUCAACUUUUACCACACUGUCUCUCAGUGUAGCAUUUACUUUAUUACAAAGAACCAUUUGGGAGAUCAGGCCCUGGGAAAUGUAUAUUUGCAGUGAGGUGAGGUCUCCCCCUAGUGUUUGCCUCGUCACUGUCUGCUUCUUCAUGUUUGUAGCCCUGGUGACCAUUCUGUCCAAUAAAAUCUGACUAUGUAACCAAA